UCUGACCACACUACUAUCCUUCUCUCUGACCACACUACUACCCUUCUCUCUGACCACAGUAUCCCUAGUGACCAUACAGGUAUCCCUAGUGACCAUACAGGUAUCCCUAGUGACCUUACAGGUAUCCCUAGUGACCUUACAUGUAUCCCUAGUGACCAUACAGGUAUCCCUAGUGACCAUACAGGUAUCCCUAGUGACCUUACAUGUAGCCCUAGUGACCAUACAGGUAUCCCUAGUGACCUUACAUGUAGCCCUAGUGACCAUACAGGUAUCCCUAGUGACCUUACAUGUAUCCCUAGUGACCAUACAGGUAUCCCUAGUGACCUUUCAGGUAUCCCUAGUGACCUUACAUGUAGCCCUAGUGACCAUACAG